AUGAGCCAGGCACGGCUCCGAGCCCUGCGCUGGAGAGCUGGCUCACCCACUAGUCUUCACAGCAGCCCACGAGGCGGCCUUCACAGAAGAAGAGGCUCCCCCAAGCUCUCAGAGCUGGAGGGAGGGCGCACCAUAGCCAACUCCAGAGACCUCGAGCGUGGGCUCCGGGUGGUCCUGGGGCCUGGACGGCAGAGGCCCCCAGUUCUCGGCCCACCCUCGCCCUCCCCUUGUCCUCUCGCAGCCUGCGGGCAGCCUCGCGUGUCCAGUCGGAUCGUGGGGGGCCAGGACGCCCGCGACGGGGAGUGGCCGUGGCAGGCGAGCAUCCAGCACCGCGGGGCGCACGUGUGCGGGGAUUCCCUCAUCGCCCCGAAGUGGGUACUGACGGCGGCGCACUGCUUCCCGAGGCUGGUGCUGCCAUCUGAGUACCGCGUGCGCCUGGGGGCGCUGCACCUGGGUCCUGCCUCGCCCCGCGCCCUCUCGGCCACCGUGCGGAGGGUACUGCUGCCCCCCGACUACUCCGAGGACGGGGGCCGCGGCGACCUGGCGCUGCUGCAGCUGCGCCGCCCGGUGCCCCUGAGCGCCCGAGUCCAGCCCGUCUGCCUGCCCGAGCCCGGGCCCCCCCCCCCCCCCGGCACACCGUGCUGGGUCACUGGCUGGGGCAGUCUCCACCCGGGAGUGCCACUCCCAGAGUGGCGAACUUUGCAGGGAGUCAGAGUGCCCCUGCUGGAUGCACGCACCUGUGACCGCCUCUACCACGUGGGCACCAGUGUGCCCCGCACUGAGCGCAUAGUGCUGCCCAGGAACCUGUGCGCCGGCUACAUCGAGGGCCACAAGGAUGCCUGCCAGGGUGACUCUGGGGGACCACUGACCUGUGUGAAGUCUGGGCGCUGGGUCCUGGUGGGUGUGGUGAGCUGGGGAAAGGGCUGUGCCCUGCCCAACCGUCCUGGUGUUUAUACCAACGUGGCCACUUACAGCCCCUGGAUUCAGGUUCGCCUCAGCCUCUGAUGUAGUGACACUGGCCUGGAGCCAGACGCUGGGGUCCCUCAGCCAGCUGGUUCAUCUCAGGACCUGCACAUCGCCCCCACCCUGCCCCUUCUGACUUGAGGCUCAGAGGCCUCAUAAAGCUAAGGGGCCAGCCGUCCAUCCAUCCAUCCUUUCCCUCUUCCUUGGG